CUUCCCCUUAUUUUCCUUUUUAUUUGAAACAUGGUUCUCAAACUUGUUGUUGCCACAAAGGCAUCUCCUAUAAGCUAUGGAUCACUCGCUAUCGCUCAACAAAUCAACUCUAUCAAGCCUGGAUCUAUUGAAAUCGAUCUACUAGAUGCCAAGACCGUUGAAGGUGAUAACAUUACCGCUCUUGUUGACUAUGAAGGUGCCAAAUAUGAUAACUCAUAUUCAAUUGCUCGUCUUUUUGGUCGACUCUUCCCUGAAGCCAGUUUAUAUGAUCCCAAGGAUCCUAUCAGCUCUACUUUGGUGGAUCAAUGGCUUGACUUUGCUCAAAUCAAAUUGGAUACUGCUGAUUUCAAGGCUCAAAAUGAAGCUUUCAAGGAAUUGAACAAGUAUCUUACUCUUCGUUCUUACAUUGUUGGUUACUCUGUAUCUAUUGCCGACUUUGUUAUUUUUGGUGCUUUAAAGGCUUCUUUGGCCUUUGGACGCGUCUUUAAAACCAAAAAGGAGUCCCUUGGUAUUUAUCUUGUUCGUUGGUUCGAAUAUAUUCAAUCUCUUGAUGCUUCUAAAUUGGCUGUGGAUAGUGUACAAUCUACUCAAAAGAAGCAAGACAAAUCUUCCAAAUCUGCUUCAAAGGGUAAGAAUUCUGAUCAAGGUAAAUUCGAAAUUGGUCUUACUGAAGCUGAAAUGGGCAAGGUUGUUACUCGGUUCCCUCCUGAACCUAGUGGCUAUCUUCAUAUUGGACAUGCUAAGGCUGCUUUGUUGAAUCAAUACUUUGCUGAAACUUACAAGGGCAAGAUGAUUGUACGAUUUGAUGAUACCAAUCCAAGCAAGGAAAAGGAAGAAUUCGAAGAAUCUAUCAAGGAAGAUUUGGCUCUUAUUGGUGUGGAUUCUACCAUUGUCACUCACUCUUCUGAUUACUUUGAUCAAAUGUAUGAACUUGCCCUCAAAUUGAUCAAGGAUGGUAAAGCUUAUGUGGAUGAUACCGAUCAAGCAACUAUGCGUGAUCAACGUAUGAACUGCGUACCUUCCAAAUGCCGUGAUUUGUCUGUGGAAGAAAAUUUGCGUCGUUUUGAUGAAAUGAAAAAUGCCACUGAAUUUGGUCAAUCUUGUUGUUUACGUGCCAAGAUUAGUGUGAAUGAUCCCAAUGGUACUCUUCGUGAUCCUGUUAUUUACCGUUGUAACUUGACUCCUCAUCAUUAUGCUGGUGACAAAUGGAAGAUGUAUCCUACCUAUGAUUUUGCUUGUCCUAUUGUCGAUUCUUUGGAAGGUGUGACUCAUGCUCUCCGUACCAAUGAAUACCGUGAUCGUAAUGCUCAAUAUCAAUGGAUGAUCGAAGCUCUUGGUCUUCGCAAGGUCACUAUUUGGGAUUUCAGUCGUAUCAACUUCGUCUACACCUUAUUAUCUAAGCGUAAGCUCCAAUGGUUUGUUGAUAAAGGUUUUGUUACUGGUUGGGAUGAUCCUCGUUUCCCUACUGUCCGUGGUAUCCGUCGUCGUGGUAUGACUAUUGAAGCUCUCAAACAAUAUAUUCUCAUGCAAGGUGCUUCUCAAAACACGUUAUUAUUGGAAUGGGAUAAACUCUGGGCUUUGAAUAAGAAGGUAAUUGAUCCUGUGGCUCCUCGUCAUACUGCUGUAUUGAAAGACAAAUUGGCUGUCUGCAAUAUCCAAGGUAUCUCUGCCAAGGAAGUCAAGGAAGUGCCAUUACAUAAGAAGAAUCCUGAUGUCGGUACAAAGAAGACCAACUAUUCCUCUAAGAUUGCCCUUGAUCAAGAAGAUGCUCAAUCUUUGGAAGAUGGUGAAGAAAUUACUUUGAUGGAUUGGGGAAAUGCCUUUGUUCGCAAGAUUCAAAAGGAUGGUGAUAUUGUGACCAGUGUAGAUUUGGAGUUACAUUUGGAAGGUGAUUUCAAAAAGACCAAAAAGAAAUUGACCUGGUUGUCUUAUGAUGAUGAAGUUGUGCCUGUGACUUUGGUGGAUUACGAUUACUUGAUUACCAAGAAGAAGGUGGAAGAAGGGGAUGAUGUCAAGGAUUUGGUGACUCCUGUGACUGAAUUCAAGGUGGAUGCUAUUGCUGAUGCCAAUAUUAGUCAAUUGAAGAAAGGUGAUAUCAUCCAAUUCGAGCGCAAAGGUUAUUACAUUUUGGAUGCUCUUGCUACUGCUACCGACUCUGCUCAAUUCAUUCAAAUCCCUGAUGGCAAGGCUGCUUCUACUAUCUCCAAACACAAAUGAAAAGGUACAAUCAACUCAUUUUUAGUUUUUUUUUUUUGUGUAUGUAGUUUAUCGUCUUUUUAUUAUCAUUAUAUUAGCAUUCGUUAGUUUGAAUUUUCUUUUUAAUAAAGUCAACUUUAUUGUGAUAAAA